UAUAACGAUGUAGGUGAAUGCAUAAAUAAGGGGAGAGGUAUACAGUUAUAAAAAUGCAGCAUUUGUCAAGUGGAGGUAGACAAUAUGCGUCACAUCUGUAUACUGGAUAUAUAAACUGACAUAUAAAGUGGCUCACAUGGCCGACACAGAAAUAUGACCAGCUGUCAACACAAAUCCAUGCUGCACUGCACACGGAAUGGACUCCAACGGUGAUGAAAAACAGGAAUGGACAGAGGACCAAUGGGAGAAAUGGUUGACUCAUGACAUCGGUUUGGAUGAAUUUGAAGAUGAGGAUCUGUCUGAAAUCACAGAAAUCACUGAUGAGUUUGUUCUCAGGGGGCGCUGCCACGGCUCCGACAUCAAAGAUCAUGUGAAGAAGGCACCCAGUUGUGGUCUGGAGGAGACGGAGGCAGGAGCAGUAGCUGAGAUCCAGUCAGAGGAACAGCCCUUAUAUCUAAUUGACGCUUUGAACAGGACUCAGAGAGCGGUCUGUCAACACGACAGCAAAGCACCUGCUAUGGAUUCACCUGCUCUUCCUGUCACCAUGGAUACUUACCGUCCAAAAAGACCCACCACUCUGAACUUAUUCCCGCAGGUACCCCGCACUCAGGACACUGUAAACAACAACUCAUUUGCAAAGAAGUUCAGUUGGCAGGAGAAAAUCUCUCAGUCCUCAUCGCCCCUAAAAACAGGAGAGCUGACGCCAUCUCGCGAGCACAUCUGUCUGUGCGAUGAUGAGAAGCUCCAGCAGGGCGGCAGUGGAAGUCGGGUUCAUCUGAAAGACUGUGGCACCUCGACUGACAAGCUGCCCAUCAGUUGCACCUCUAAAAAGACUCUUGCUUCCUCUGUGCCAUCCUGUAAAGCCAGCUUUCACCGAGAGGCAGGUCACUGCGAGCAGAUUCGUUAUCACACCGAUGUUUGUCUUGAAGCUACUGAAGAAAUAUAUCUGACGCCGAUCCAGCGUUGCACCGAGGCUGUGGAACAAGAGAGAACCUCAGUGCUAGCCCAAGUCAUCGAGAAAAAGCCAAAGUUUGUCAACUCUGACAAUGAAGCACCUCCACCGUAUGAACCCCCUUUUCAUGAGCAGAUCAUUCCAUCCAUCAGAGAGCAAGAGGAGAUGCUUCAACCGCCCUCGUAUUCCUCAUGUGUGGAAGCUUUGGCCACUCGAGACCCUGACAGCAGCAGUGAAGAAGUCAUCGGAGAUCUGUGUUAUAGAGAUUGUGGUGCUGGAGAGGCUCAUGCUCCUCACGAGUGCAUUCCAGGAACACUGAUACACCCCGGUACUCUUCGGAUGUCUGAGAGCAACUCGGAUGCAAGCGGACUUUCUUACGAUUCUGUGAAGUACACACUGGUUGUAGACGAACAUGAUCAGUUGGAGCUGGUCAGCUUGAAAGAGUGUUACCGUAGCUAUAGUGAUGACAGCGAUUCUGCAACGCUCUACGAUAACUGUGUGUCUCCAUAUGAGUCAGUGCUUGAGAAAGAGUACGAAGAGGACGAGGAUGAAGACAAGGGAAGAAAACUGUGUGGGAUCCAACGCAAAGCUUCAAGCUGCCCUUCAGAGGACUCCACGCCUGAAGCUGACAUUCCGCUUUCUCGAAAAUUUGUUAAUGUCGUCAUAAAUGGCUGUUCCCGCUCUUCCAGUACAGAAUCGUUUGGCUUGUUUUCCUGCACAAUUAACCGAGAGGAGAGGGAACAGACUCACAGAGCUGUCUACAGAUUUGUUCCUCGUCAUGACGAUGAGCUGGAGCUGGAUGUUAAUGACCCUCUUUUGGUGGAGGUAGAGGAUGAGGAUUACUGGUACGGAGGCUACAACAUGAGAACAGGAGCACGUGGAAUCUUUCCUGCCUAUUACGCCAUUGAGGUAUUCAAGGAGCCAGAGAAUUUAAAAGUAGUAAGUUCUGAAUGGGUGGAGCAGUACAGACUGAAAUUUCUCGGCUCAGUCCAAGUGUUGCAGCACAAAGGCAAUGAUGUGUUGUGUGCAGCCAUGCAGAAGAUUGCGACGAACAGGAGACUGACGGUACACUAUAAUCCACCCUCAUCCUGUGUGCUGGAGAUAAACGUAAAAGGACUGAAGCUCACAGUGCAGGACGAUUAUGAAAGAAGCAGCCAAUAUAGUCACUUUUUUUAUUUGAAAAACGUCUCAUUUUGUGGCUACCAUCCCAGAAACAGAAAGUAUUUUGGCUUCAUUACAAAACACCCGGCUGACGAUCGAUUUGCCUGUCAUGUGUUUGUGUCCGAGAACUCCACCAAACCGCUGGCAGAGUCUGUGAGGAAGGCGUUCCACUUGUACUACAAAGUGUUUGUGGAGGUCACGUGUCCAACAGAAGAUAUCUACCUGGAAUAAACCUCAUCACCUCUUCACUCAGUACAUAAUAGCUUCACUACAGGAAUAUAUGAUCAUCAUAUAUCAGAAAAUCAUCAAAGACUAAUAUAUCUGACAAACAAUAAGAACCAAAUACGAGGUAGAGUGCUGGUUGUAAACGUUGAUUAUAUGCACAAAUGAAUUGAUGGAUUCAAGUGAUUCGAAGAACUUCAGAGGAACUAAUAAAUAAUUAGGAUGCGAUAUUAAAGACUGACAAUAUUUUCCAGAAUGCUGAGGAUUUUGAAAGCUUUGCGAGAGUGCUUAUAUCAUUUUUACAGAUUUAGUGUGUUGUGAUUGUGUUUGCUUCAAGCUUAACAGAAAUAAGAGAGUUUUGUUCUAUUUUUAAUAGCACACCUGAAACACACUUACCAUUUCCUCCGUAAAAUACAUCCACAUAUAGAAAAUACGACUAAAACUCAUUAACGUGUUCCAGUUUCCAUGUGAUUAACAAAACCACCUUGUGAUAUCUUGAUAUCUACAUUCAUUUACAGGUUUACCAGCAUAAUUCAUAUCUGCCUGUAAUGUGAAGCUGAUCAACGUCAUGAUGAUUCAUUUGAAACGCUGAAAAAAUACAGUGCCAUUCAAGCGUUUGAGUCCACGGUGAAAAUCAGGGAUUUAACUGAAACCUGCAAAUCAACAACGUUUUCAGAUUUGUACAAAUGUCAAACAAAUCAAUGUUGUGACAGAAAUGAGAAGUAUUUAAGAUUCACUAAUUAAAUGUUAAAUUAUUAAAGGAAUAUUCCAGGUUCAAUAUGAGUUAAUGCCAAUCGACAUAAUAUCCAUGACCACAGAAAUGACUUUCGACUCGUCCCUCAUUUUCCUUUCAAUGGAGGUGAAUGGGGGCCAAUCCGUACACCUUUCAAAAGUAGUCACAAGACAUAAACAAUAUGUGUGUAAAAUGUAUGUUAGUGUGAUACAAUCACUUCCUAACCGCAUCUGUGUAAAGUUAUAGCCAAUUUUACAACUUCGUUGCCAUGAAGAUGACAUAACGACAAAUUGGCCCCAUUCACUUCCAUUGUAAGUGUCUCACUGUAACCUCGAUUUGUACUUUUUUUAAGAAAAGGAGGGACGAGUCGAAAUUUGUUUUGGUUGUAAUCAACAUUUGCAGUCAAAUGCUGUCGAUUGAGAUGAACUUGUGUUGAACCCGGAAUAUUAAAUUAAUGAUACACUCAAAUAAAAUAUAUAAAUAAUAGAUUUUUGCUGCUUAUUCUAUGUAAUGAGCUAAAGAAACACAAUUCUAGAAUAUUUUGUUUUGAUAAAACUUAAUUUCAGAGUGUUUUAUCCAUUUUUAAAUUUGCGGAAGGGCGAAUUAAGACUUUUUAAGACCCGCGGAAACCCUGAUUUAAAUGUGUAAAAUGUAAGAUUCCUUAAAGAGUUGGGACUACAUGAAUACGUUUUGUGGUGUUAACGUAGCAUUGACAGAACUGGGCAGGGGAUUUUCAUUUUCUGGCGUACUUUGCAGGAUACUCAAUAGUGAGAGUAAGCGUUAAAAUGAAGUGCUGAUUGUUUAAGAUUAAUGCAAAGGGGGAUUCUUGUUAAUGUUUAAUGUUUUGAUAUGUUGAGAUUUAGAAGAGUUCCUGUUUGGUUAGCAUUAUCUUGAAGAGUGGAGAUAACAAUAAGGGCAAGUAGAUGUGGCGCAUAGUUUCGCCGAGCCAUCGCCGUGUUAACCAUAGCAUACUUACUCAACCAGAUUCUGUAGUGCUUCCAACCAGCAUUUAUUUAACAUGCUUACAUUCACUUUGACUAGUUAGUACAAAAACAAAUAAGAGAUUUAUUUACACGUCUAAUUUUGUUGGGUUUACCCAAUUCAACUAGGUUCUUUCUACACAAAUUGAUGGUGUUGAGAUUGCAUACGGAUUUUAAGUUACGAAAACUCAUUUCAAACAUGUGGAACAAUGUGGAUCAAUUUCAGCCAAAGAGCAAUUUAUUUUGAGUGCAGGAUGCAGAGCACUACAUUAGUGAGGCGAAUUUGUGACAUUGUAUAUUGUGCACUGCGCACAUGGUCACGUUUUCACAUGUGGACUCAGAUUUUUAAUGGCAAAUAUACAGUAUGUCAAUAGUUGUAAAGCAAUUCUCACUUGUUUAUCCCAUCAUUUUACUGGUAAUUGUUUUUAAAUCCAAAAGACACCACAGUGCCAUGAACUUCCCUAAUAAUAAAAAGUAAUAAAUGGUCUCCAGUAGAGAUGUCUUUUCA